CUAGUCACAGUUGUUGACUUUGAUAGACUCCAUAUAAGGGGAUUGAUUGAAUUGAAGAUCUUAGCUCAAUAGAGACAGAGAGUGUGUAUUCAUGGCGGAAAACAAACCAGCCAGCCGUCGUUUUCGUGUUCUGAUGCUUCCAUGGUUAGCUCAUGGCCAUGUCGUCCCCUACCUCGAGCUAGCAAAAGAGCUCCACCACCGCAACUUCGUCGUCCAUUUCUCUUCCACCCCGGCGGUUCUCGCUUCUCUCCAGUCCGCCCCCAACUCAUCUGCCUUCCUCUCCCAAAUCCACACCGUCCCAAUCCACCUCCCCGCCGCCGCCGACCUCCCUCCCUCCCGGCACACCACCAAAGAUCUCCCCCGCCACCAGAUCUUCGCCCUCUGCAAGGCCUUCAGAAUGUCCGCCCCCGCCCUCUCCCUCAUCCUUGACGAAAUCGAACCCGACCUGCUCGUCUACGACCUCUUCCAGCCAUGGGCGGCGGAGGCCGCCGCGUCCCGUGGAAUCCCCGCCGUGUGCUUCUGCAUCACCGGGGCAGCCUCCAUUGCCUUCACCCACCACCUGCUCCUCCGCGGAUCGACGGCCGGAUUCCCCUUUCCGGCGGUCUUCAUGACGCCGAACGAGCUAAGGGCACUCAGGGAGAACACGGGAAGCAUUGACCCGGAAGACAGAGUCGCAAUUCUCAAGUCAUUGGAGCUGUCAAACGACGCCGUUUUGACCAACACCAGCCGCGAAAUCGAGGGGAAGUACAUCGACCACCUCUCCGCCGUCCUCGGCAAAUCCGCCGUUCCCACCGGCUCACUCGUCCGCGUCCCGGGGAAAAACGGCGGGGAAGAGAAAGCCGAGGAUCACGAAAUCCUCCGGUUUCUCGACGGAAAGCAAAGGCAAUCAACGGUGUACAUCUCAUUCGGGAGCGAAUACUACCUGUCAGAAACCGAGAUUCAUGAAGUGGCUAAGGGAUUGGAGCUCAGCGGCGCCAAUUUCGUAUGGGUCGUUAGGUUUCCGGCGGGGAAGGAGGCGAAAAUCGAGGAUUCGGUGCCGGAGGGGUUUCUGGACAGGGUAAAGGGGCGAGGGGUAAUAUUGGAAAAGUGGGCACCUCAGAUCCAGAUUCUGGGGCACCAGAGCGUGGGAGGAUUCGUGAUGCAGUGCGGAUGGAACUCCUUUCUGGAGAGCAUUCACUUCGAUGUCCCAUUAAUAGCCAUCCCCAUGCACUCCGAGCAGUUCAUCACCGCCAGGAUGGCGGCGGAGCUGGGGAUCGCCACGGAGGUCAUGAGGGACGACGACGGCCGGCUGCACGGAGAAGACAUCGCCAAAGCGGUGAAGAGAGUUCUGGAGGAGAAGGAGGGGGAAGAGAUGAGAGGGAAAGUGAAGGAAUUGAAUGCGGCUAUGGCGAUCAAAGGGAAACAGGGGAUCGAUGACACGGCGGCGCUGCUGUCUCGGCUGUGCUUGACUUCCGGCGGCGGUAAAGCAUGAAGCACUAUAUCUAUCUAUCUAUCCUCAUUUGAUUUUAUUAUCACCCAAGGAGUUGCAUGGAAAAAUAGGGAAGUCGUAAAACUUAUCUUCAUCUUCAUUGUUGCACAAUAAAAGAAUUCUUGCCUCAGCUCUUUACUUGAAUUCUUGCCUCACCUCUUUACUUUCGACCAAGGAAGAAGAUUUGCCUACACACUCUUUAGUCUUUUCGACCCUACUUUCAUGAGAUCUAAUUGGCUUGUUGUUGUUAU